UGCUCCCCGCCCCCACCCCGGCUGAGACGGCAGCACCAUGGCGGCGCCCGCGCCCCCGCCGCGGCCGGUCACCCACCUCAUCUUUGACAUGGACGGCCUCCUUCUGGAUACCGAGGGGCUGUAUUCAGUGGUAUUUCAAGAAAUAUGUGAUCGCUAUGAAAAGAAAUACUCCUGGGAGGUGAAGUCCUUGGUUAUGGGUAAAACGGCAUUAGAGGCAGCACAGAUUAUAAAAGAUGUCUUGCAGCUCCCAAUGUCCAAAGAGGAGCUGUUGGAAGAGAGCCAGAGGAAGCUAAAGGACGUGUUCCCCACUGCUGCUCUCAUGCCAGGGGCUGAAAAACUCAUCUGCCACCUGCAACAGCACAACAUACCUUCUGCCGUCGCCACCAGCUCAGAGCUCGUGUCGUUCGAAAUGAAGACAAGCAGGCACAAGGAAUUCUUCAGUUCAUUUCAUCACAUCGUUCUGGGAGACGAUCCCGAGGUGAAGAGUGGCAAGCCAGACCCCGACAUAUUUCUCGCUUGUGCCAGGAGGUUUUCGCCUCCUCCUCCCGUGGAAAAGUGCCUUGUCUUUGAGGAUGCUCCCAACGGAGUGGAGGCGGCCCUCGCAGCUGGUAUGCAGGUGGUCAUGGUGCCCGAUGCAAACCUGAGCCCCGACUUGACGAGCAAGGCCACCCUGGUGCUGGGCUCCCUGCUCGACUUCCAGCCCGAGCUCUUUGGCCUGCCGCCCUAUGAGUGAGAGUGCCCGAGGGCCCGCUGUCGUGAUCCCUGCUGCCCAGGGAAAGAGAAGGAAAUUGGCAGCCCCUGAGCUGCAGGCCGCGUUGUGCAGUCAGCCUUUUCCUCCCUUGUUGGCUCGACCCACUCUCACUAACGUGCUGAUAAACCAGAACUUGACAGUUGAGCAAAAGCAAAGUUGACACAGCCCAGAACCACGUUCAAACCUUAAUUACUGCGUGAAAAAUCAAACUGAUGUAAUUAGUGUAUGAAAAAAUGAAUACACAUAACACAUAUGCAUACUAGUCUGUGAAUACUCGUGCGUAUCAUGUAUAUAUAUAUGUACUCAUGUAUAUGUGUGUGUGUGCAUAUAUAUAGGUAAAAUACAUUUCCAGAACAGAGUGAAAUUAUACUUCUGGUCAUUUCUUUUUCAUUUUAGUUUUUCUGAACACAGGCUGGAAAAUAUAAUCUAUAUAUGCAGAUAUGUUACCUGUAUGUACAUCGAUAUUAUAUUUAUGUAUGUUACAUGCUCCAUCCCUCCAUCUCCUCAGUGUUGAUUUUAACACGCCACAGCAACUGAUAAAGUGGAGGUGGUAGUUCUUUCUGGUUUCUGAUCUGAGUGGGAAAGCCAUGUUUUUGAUGAGCCCUAAGAAAUGAUUCUCCUUUUUAUCUAACAUUAAAAUUCCUCUUGUGACCUCAAAA